AACUGGGACCUUUGCACUUCUGAAGCUGUAAGCUGCUGUUGCAUUCCUCUGUCACUCACUGAUCGUACCUCACUGGAAAUAUGGGUUUCUUGGACAUAUUCAGCCAUCCUCUCUGGGCUGCUUUGUCUGCUCUCUUGGCUGUUGUUGUGCGCCUGCAGCGCAGAACCAUCUGGGACCCUAAAACCUGCGCUGUGCGUCUCACUGGGAAGACUGCUAUAGUAACAGGAGCCAAUACAGGAAUUGGGAAGUUCAUUGCCCUGGACUUUGCUCGGCGUGGGGCGCGGGUCAUCUUGGCUUGCCGAAGCGAGUCCCGGGGCCAAGCAGCUGCUACUGAAAUCAAGCAGAUUACAGGGAACUCAGACGUCCAUCUGCGCAUUGUGGAUGUCUCCUCCAUGGAGUCUGUCAGAGCAUUUGCAAAGAGGAUUCUGGAGGAGGAGAAAUCACUCCACAUUCUUGUAAACAAUGCUGCAGUAUCAGGUCUCCCCAGACAGAUAACCAAAGAUGGGUUUGAAGCUUCUUUUGCCACCAAUCAUCUGGGACCAUUUCUGCUCACAAACCUGCUGCUGGAACUCAUAAAGCGCUCAGCUCCUGCACGUAUCGUUACCGUCAGCUCCCUCAACCACAAGAGAGGUCAAGUGGACUUCUCUCACUUUCAUGGGAAAAACCUUGUGUACACCAUGGAUCAAGUCUACAAUCACACCAAGCUGCACAACAUCAUCUGCACCAAUGAGCUGGCUCGAAGGUUACAGGGCACCGGCGUUACUGCCAACUCGGUCCACCCAGGUGUUGUUAUGACAGAGGUGAUGCGACACUAUCCAGCCUGGCUUCGUUUCCUUUUUAAUUUUGUUGGGUUCUUCUUUUUUAAGUCACCAGAAGAAGGCGCCAUCAGCCCCAUCUACUGCGCCGUGUCCGAGGAACUGGAGGGGGUGACUGGGAAAUAUUUUGACAGUGACUGCUCCCUGGUCCUUCCUGCCCCUUUAGCUCGAGACGCCGCCCUCGCCGUGAAGGAUUUUGAGUUCUGUGAGAAGCUGACUUCAAAGCUCUAAAGUAACUACUUCCAAAGGACUGGGAACAAGUAAUGAUGUCAGAGAAUGUGGGCAGCUGGGACUUGUUGAACACUUUGUUUUGUAUGAUUUACUACCAAAUGAACUGCAGUGAUUGUUUCAUUGAUAUGAAUCUCCUAGUCUUAAAUGAUGUUGUCUAAUUUGAAUCAGCUGAACAUUUUCUCAA